ACGGGCGUUUUUCUAGGAACACAUAUAACAGCUGAUUUAGGUUUUGAAGACGUGUACUUUAUGCGCUGGAAAGGGAUCUAUACAAUCAGACAGCCCUUAAAUUCAUAACCGUAUAGUUCAUUCGCGUUGUUUAGUGGUUUUCGUUUUUUUUUGUAAUGGCGACCGUGGAAGAACUGAAGCUAAGGAUUAGAGAGUUGGAAAAUGAAUUAAUAAAGUGUAAGCAGAAGCAAUGUGCCGUGGAGGAUGCGCUGCAGAGACCGAAGAUUGACAUAAUGAGCGCCGAGGUAGUGGACUCUAACCCAUACAGCCGUCUAAUGGCUCUGAAGAGAAUGGGCAUCGUGGAUGAUUAUGAGAAAAUCCGUACGUUCACAGUGGCUGUGGUCGGCGUUGGGGGAGUGGGGAGUGUGACAGCUGAAAUGUUGACAAGAUGUGGCAUUGGUAAGUUGCUCCUCUUUGACUAUGAUAAAGUAGAACUGGCCAAUAUGAACAGAUUGUUCUUCCAGCCUCACCAGGCAGGCCUCAGCAAAGUGGAAGCAGCAGAACACACACUCAGAAACAUUAACCCUGAUGUGUCAUUCGAGACUCACAACUACAACAUCACCACAAUGGAAAACUUUACACACUUCAUGGAUCGGAUCAGUCACGGAGGGCUGGAAGAAGGGAAGCCAGUAGAUUUGGUCCUGAGCUGUGUAGACAACUUUGAAGCCAGGAUGGCCAUCAAUACAGCCUGUAAUGAACUUGGUCAGAUCUGGGUGGAGUCUGGUGUCAGUGAGAACGCUGUAUCAGGACACAUCCAGCUGAUCAAUCCUGGAGAGACGGCCUGCUUUGCUUGUGCUCCUCCCCUGGUGGUAGCAGCUAACAUCGAUGAGAAGACCCUAAAAAGGGAGGGGGUGUGUGCUGCCAGUUUACCGACAACAAUGGGCGUGGUUGCAGGCAUUUUGGUACAAAAUGUCCUCAAAUACCUGCUGAAGUUUGGUACUGUAAGUUAUUACCUUGGCUACAACGCCAUGCAGGACUUCUUCCCCACCAUGGCCAUGAAAGCCAACCCUCAGUGCAAUGACCGCUACUGCAGGAAACAGCAAGAGGAGUACAAAAAAAAAGUAGCAGAGCAGCCCAAGGUAGAAGUUGUAAAGGUGGAGGAGGAAGUGGUACAUGAGGACAACGAGUGGGGUAUUGAACUAGUAUCAGAGGUGACUGAAGCAGAGUUACAAGCUGCGACAGGGACUGUGCCUGACCUGCCAGAAGGCAUCACUGUGGCGUACACCAUUCCAGCUGAGGUUAAAGAAAGUGGAGAAACCGUGGAGGAGACUGAACAAAGCCUUGAGGACCUGAUGGCGCAGAUGAGAAAGUUGUAGGCAGCAACCUGAAGACACAUUUAUGCUACUUUUAGUUUAAAAUGUACUUGCUUUUCACAAGUUUAAUCCUCUGCUUUCUUUUAAAGUAAUGACAAAAGCCAAAUCUAAUGAAAACAUGGACAACCAAGAAUUAAUUCCUUCUAACACAAAGGAAAUGCAUGAGAAUUAGAGUCAAUGGCAUUUCUUUGACAAGUGCUCCAAGAAAGCAGUGAAAUGAAAUGACUAGUCAUGUGUUACAUGUCUGUAUUAAUGAAUGAUGCUCCCUGCCCUUCAUUUACUGUAUGUGCGCUGUCAUUCACUCAGAACAAUGCUUAUGCUGUCUCAAUAAAAUAUUUAUUAGAGGCAAGACAGCCUUCUGAUAUA